AUGGCUCUCUGCAAAGUUUGUCAAGAGACAUUGGUGCUACGUCUUGAUCCUGAGGAGGAUGUAGAUGACGAGGCCGGCGCAGCAGGCCCCAGCACUUCAGAUUCAUCCGUGCCCGAUGAUCUUGAGCUCCCCUGUGGUUGUCACUUUCACUGGCAAUGCUUGCUUGAUCAAUCUUCAGAUGUAGCCCUGUCCCUCAAGUGUCCCAGCUGCGACGCAUACCUUCCUGUCAACGAAGGGGGUCCUUCGGUGACAAACACUUUCCUCUCGACACCCCCGGGCACCGCAAUAUUCACAAGAUAUACGAAUGAGGGCGGCAUUCAGGAAAACCUAGAUAUCCUUCCAUCCAUCACCGAAGAAGCAUAUCUUGAGAGUAACCCCGAGGCGCGCCCAGCUCGCGCGCUCCAUGUCAUGUGCGCGGAGGGUGAUGUUGGCGGCAUUGUUGAACUUCUCCGAGACGCUGGUGAUAGUAUUGAAGAUCUCACAGCCUUCGUAACCUACCAGGACCCUCUGGGAGACAUGAAGAACGGGUUGCACCUUGCGAUCGAAAACUCACAGGAGGAAUCGCUGUGGCUUUUGCUUUGGCUUUGUUCCACGAUCCCCGAGUCUUUUUUCCCAGAGUAUGCUCGCUCUGUGGCUGAGGCGACCGGUGUUGGCCGCCUGUCGGUGAAUAGAGAAAGGGACAUUCGUGGGUUGCGAGACAACCAAGGUAGGACAGCUGCAGACUUUGCCCAACAGCGACAGGGACAGUGGGGGCAUAUUCUUCAGACAGGUUUAUUAUCGCUGUAG